ACGUGACGAUGACGAAAUAAUUUUGGCUUGAUCAACAGACAGACGAGUUGAUUUCUGUGGAUUAUGAGCAUUUGAAAGAGAUGCCAAGUAUAACUGAUAUUUUCAGAUUAUUAUUUGGGUCGUCAAAGGAGCGACUUGACACUAAUGAGUUACCAAGAGACAUUCAGCAGGAUUUUGAUAACCUGUAUGGAAGGAAAACAGUGCCUCACUGGGAGGUAGAGCAUCCAGAUUAUCAUGAAGAAUGGAUAAUAUAUGAUGGACAUAAUCCAGAGCAAGGAGGUCUUGAACACUUUUUUCAUUCUAGUCAGAGUGAUUUCCUACAGGAGUUUGAUCAGAUGUUUCAGAACAUUUUUGGAAGAUUUCUUGGUGAUUUCAAUCUACCUAGCCAAGCCAUACCACCUCGUUCACACUCAGAAGGACCACAAGAGAAUAUUUUCCAACACCCCAAAUCCCUAAGGGAUAGAAUGCUUAAAGGACCUGAUACAUCUCAGGGCAAUGAUAACCUCGAUGAUCAGCUUGGAGGCAGUCAGUUGGAUGGUCAUCUCUCUCCUCCUUCUUCUUCCAUGUUUGGUGAUUUCUGGAGAUUACCUUUUGCUGGAUUGAGGUACCCUGAUCAAAGAGCUGACGUAGACCUUGAUAGUCAAGUUGAAAUGGGUACCCACAGCUUGGAUGACAUCCUUGCUCAGAAGGAGAAUGACCAAGGAGGAUGGCAUAUCUCACCAUCAUCAUCAUCGUCUUCUUUUUCAAGUGUAACUAUUGUGGAUUCAGAUGGUGUAAGUAGAGUAAUUUCUGAAACAAAAACCACAAGAAGAGAUUAUAAUGGAGAAGAAGAGGUGACCAUAACACGAAGAAUUGGUGAUCAGCUGCACACUGUUACAAGGAGAAAAGACAGUUCUGGGAAUGAAGAGACCGAGGAAGAUACAGUUAACAUAGACAGAGGCAGGCGCGGUCGGCACGAUUUCAACGAAAAGUGGCAAAAUUCUAAACGAAGUGGAGAAUCGUUUCCACAUUUGUCAGAUGGCAGUGCCUCAAACCCGCAGUCGUCCUUGUUCUCCAUUGUGGAGUCCCUUAUGGAGGACUUCUUCCCCAGACGAAGAUAGCACUUUGGAAUUCCUUACAAUGAAAUAAGAAGUGUUUUGAAGUCUCAAAAAUCACGCACGGAAACUGAGAAAGAUCGUGGUUAAACGGGAACGACAUUUUUAUUGAAAUCUUUCACAUUUGUUCUGAGAGUUUUCAAACUUCCCUCAAAUUAUUUUCAAAUGACAGUUCAAAGUAAUGUGGGACUGGAAUAGCUUUACCUUUCUUCGCUGAGCACCACUUUCCCAACCAACUGGACACACAACUAAAACCAAUCGUGACUUGUUCGGUCAUUCUCGUUUUUGCGUGUCAUGAGGCUUGCUUCUCAUUGGCUCCCUUUGAUAAUUUACCUCUCCCUAAUUUGCUUUUAUGAUUGACUACUACUACAUACUGUUUUUAUGAUUGACUACUGCGAGGAUCGUAUAUCAUAUGUGACUACUGUUUGAUUUCUUUGUAUAUGGCUUCACGAUGCUCAAAUGAAAAGCGCCCUAUGCAAAUACAGUGCUGUCGAAAAAUACACUUCCUUUACCCAUACAAAAUGUGAUCCUCUGAUAAACACGGUGACGCGGGAGAAAAAAGCUAUAUGCUUAAAUAAAACGCCAAUAUGGAUAAAAUUUAGGAAAUUGCAUAUUUUAUUAACUUGUAAACUUUAAGUCUGAUUCCCUUUCAGACCAUGGAAGCUGUCUUAAUUACCAACAAACAAGAUAACAACUGUGAAAAUUUAAUGUUUGAGAAUUUGAUCCACCAGAAUAAAGGAAAACAGAACAGGGUAACUAG